GCUCUCUCAUCUCACCGGGCCUUCCUUCUGACUGCACGCAUCCCUAGCAAGGUUGAACACAACUUUAAUUAUCUGGAGAUACAAGGGAUCACCUGUAACAAGCCCACACAGUUGACGGUGGACUAUGAGAGAGGUGUUGUGUCUCUGAAGCUGACCUCUACAGAAGAGGUGAAUGAGGUGGUGGCUCACAUUGGGAUCUGUCUACAGAGGAUAUGUCCUGGUCUAUCACCACUGAAGCUGAUGAAGAAGCUGAGUAUGGAGCCUCCAGAGAGGAUCACCAGCCUACAGACUCUAUGGGACAACCACAAAGUAGCAGAACCAGGACCGUGUGGUGGUUUCUCUCAGAUGUACAGAUGUGUGUGUGACUGGCUGGGUCUGCCCUACAGAGAGGAAGUUCAAUGGGACGUAGACACCAUCUAUCUGACUCAAGACACACGGGAUCUCAGCCUGCAGGACUUCAGUCAUCUGGAGAAUAGGGAUCUAGUGGCUAUAAUAGCAGUGUUGGAGUACAACCAAUGGUUCACAAAGCUCUCCACAAAGGAUUGUAAACUGUCAGCAGACGUGUCUGACCAGAUCCUUCGGGUGGUGGCCCGGUCCAGUCGACUAGAGGAACUGGUUCUGGACAACGCAGGACUCACUAGGGAUUUUGCACAGAAGCUGGCGAAUGCCCUCUCCCAUAACCCCAACUCAGGACUCCACACUGUCAACCUUGCCAAUAACCCACUGGAGGAUCGAGGAAUCACCUCCCUAGGAGCACAGUUCGCCAAACUCCCUAAGGGACUCAAGCAUUUAAACUUUUCCAAAACCUCAUUGUCACCCAAAGGGGUGAACAGCCUUGCCCAGUCACUGAGUGCCAACCAGUCCAUCCCCAGCACGCUCAGUCACCUGGACCUCUCAGGGAACAUACUGCGGGCAGACGACAUCCCGCAUUUCUACCAUUUCCUGGGCCAACCCAACAGCCUGACGACUCUGGACUUGUCCAACACAGACUGUUCUCUGGACCUGGUGUGUUCUGCUCUCCUGAGGGGCUCCGUCCAGAACCUCUCUGUCCUCAACAUGUCCAAGAGUGUAUUUGCACAUAGGAAAGGCAAAGAUGUGCCUCCAUCCUUCAAGCACUUCUUCAGCAGCGCCGUGGCCCUCAGCUGCAUCAACCUUUCAGGAACCAAACUCCCUCCAGAGGCCUUGAAAGCUCUUCUGCUCGGUCUGGCCAGUAACCCCAACAUCAAGGAAGUGUCGUUAGACCUCAGCUGCUGUGAGCUCAGGUCUGGGGGGUCACAGAUCCUGGAGGGAUGCAUCGCUGAGCUCCCCAACAUCUCCAGUCUGGAUAUCUCUGACAACGGUCUGGACUCUGACCUGUCCACUCUGCUGGUGUGGCUGGCCAAGAACCGAUCCAUCCGACAUCUCUCACUGGGGAAGAACUUCAACAACAUCAAGUCCAAAAAUCUGGCCCCUGUCCUGGACAAUCUGGUUCAUAUGAUUCAGGAAGAGGAAUCGCCCCUGACGUCUCUGUCCCUGGCUGACUCUAAGCUGAAGACGGACCUCACCAUUGUGCUGAAUGCUCUGGGCAGCAACACCAGUCUGACCAGGGUGGAUAUCAGUGGGAACGCCAUGGGGGACAUGGGGGCUAAGAUGCUGGCCAAGGCCCUGCAGAUCAACAGCAAACUAAGGACGGUGAUCUGGGAUAAGAACAACAUCAGUCCUCAAGGUCUUCAGGAUGUAGCAGCUGCUCUGGAGAAAAACUUCACCAUCCGGUUCAUGCCUAUCCCCAUCAUCGAUGCGUCUCAGGCUCUCAAAGCCAGCCCAGAGAAGACUGAGGAUGCCCUGCUCAAGAUUGAGAACUACCUGUUCCGGAACCAUGAGACUCGUCAAUACCUCCAGGAGCAGGCCUACCGCCUCCAACAGGGCAUCGUUACCACCACCACUCAGCAGAUGAUUGACAGGAUCUGUGUGAAAGUCCAGGACCAUCUCAACUCCCUGAGGAACUCAGAGACAGACGUGGUCUUAGACGACGUCAAGACGGCUGAAAACCUGAUGAAGGAUGCCAGGAACUCCAAAACGCUGCUUCCUAACCUGUACCACCUGGGAGCAGCGUCCAGAGAAGAGGUCAACGGUCAGUCAGUAGGACCCAUCCAGGAGAAACUGGAGUCCAUGGCUGGAGAGGUGGCCAGGGUCAUGGAUGAACAGCUACAGGGUCUGUUGGAGUCCAUGGUGGAUGCUGCGGAGGGUCUCUGUCCCCAUGUGAUGAGGAAGACUAACCUUCGUCAGGACCUGAUCAAAGCCAGCACAGCUAAGAUGGUGGUUCCCCGUAGCUUCGUCAAGAACACCCUGCUGGAACAGUCUGGAGUCGACAUCAUCAACAAGAUCAGUGAGGUAAAGCUGAGCCUGGCUUCCUUCCUCUCAGACCGUAUCGUAGAUGAGAUCCUAGAAGCCCUGUCUGGUUCUCAGCACACACUGGCUGACCACCUGGUGAGGAAGGAGCGUCCUCUGGUCCAGCGGGAGUCUGUGGACCUGGACGUACGCGAGGAGAGGGCUCCUAAACGGGCCACCACGGAACUGAAUGAGGCAGAAAGGCUGGAGGACCUGGAGACAUGCAUGGUACACUACACUACACAACCAUAUGUUUUGUGUGAGGGCCAGGAUCCUGUUCAUUCUGUUUCCUGUCGUGGGUUCCUCACUCAUUUGGGGUUCCAGACAUGUCUGUUCUCAGACUGAGUGUUACAGGGAGAUGAGCUAACCUUGGCUCAUGUCUGGUUAUCGUCCUGAAAGGCCACAAUCCUUAAUCUACCAUUAAGGUUAACUGGUUCUAUCUAACUGUAAUGAAUUAGCAGUUCCUCAUGCUGUGCCUACUGGCCAUUGUAA